AUGUUGGUUUCUGCAGUUUUCUGGUUGUGCUUUACACAACUAACGCAAAUGAGUGCUUCGUCUACAACUACUGAAGUAUCUCUGGAUGAAGGACGGAUUUUAGUUUCGUGGACCUAUGAUGAAGAGGCUGACAAAUUGAGUUUUACAGUGAACGCCACUACAGUUGGUUGGGUCGGAUUUGGGUUCGCUCGUUUAGCACCAAAUAAGAUGCAAGAUUAUGACCUUAUUCUUGCUGGGUACAAAGAAGGCCAUGGAUAUAUCUAUGUGAGUUAUGAAGUUUCUAGUUACAGAGUUGUUUUAAGAAUCGUUUUAUCUUUAAACUUUCAGUGUUUUUUGUUUCGCUGAAUGGGUCAAGGUUUCAUAGUGCGGGUUUUUCCACACGAGAUGCUCGUUUGAUUCUAGUCGUACCCAAAUUUAUGCUUUUCUCGCGUCCGCGCUUUCAAAAAUCCUUUUUAAAUAUUCUUAUCUUGGACUUGUCCGAAGUAAGACUUUCUUUGAACUCUUUAAAGUAUUAAGCUUUUUAUCGCAGCUAAAUAACUUUCUAGUAAAGAUUUCAGUUUCUUUGGUUUUCUCCAAAGUGCAUGUAUCUGAAUAACUGCUUGCGUGCGUAUAGCUUUUGUCCUUGAAUGCGAUGAUUUGCUGUUACGUUCAAAUACCAGAGGCUAGACGCUCUUUAGUGUACUCUUUGCAGUAUGUUGAAUUCUCACCGCAAACUAUCUUCAGACCCGAACUGUAACUUAAACCGAAGCUACACCAAAAACAUUCUUCAGGCGCUGAUACAGUCCCUUUUAUGUUUUCUUGAAAGAAGUAUAAGUAUCCCUUACCAAAUCCAACACUGUUUUGAAUGUAUUUUUAAGCUAUUUUUGAAAACUGUUUUUAACCUGUUUUGUGAAAUAGGUUUUAAAUAGGGUAAAAAGUGUAUUUUUAAUGUAUUUUUCGACUGCUUUUAAAGGUGUUUUAACCUGUUUAAAACGCUAUUAAAAAAGAAUUUUUAAAGUAUUUUAAAAUGCUUUUAAAAUAUAUAAAAAAUUCCAGGGCUUUUGCAAGGCUCAAAACAGGUCAAAAACAGUUUUUAAAUACCUUAUAAAUCGGAAUAAAAACAGGAUAAAAACAGUUUCAAAAACAUAUUUUAAUUUACUAUACUAUUUUAAAACUAUUUUUAAUGGCAAUUUUAAACGUAUUUUGAAAAAAACAGGUUUAAAAUAGGUACAAAAAUAUAUUUUUGAUAUAUUUUUCGACUGAUUUUAAAGGUGUUUUAACCUGUUUAAAACGCUAUUAAAAUGCUAUGCUUCAAAAUAUAUUUUAAUAGCUGUUUAAUCGGUUUCGAAAUUUAGUAAAAUACUCGUAUUUGCAAAUACAAUAAAAAUACUUUGAAAACAGUAUUAAAAUACCACAGAAGAAGAAAAGCAAUAGCACACAUAUAUUAUGAAUUAAAUACCUCAAAAAUAGGAUGCAAAAAUGCAAAAACAGUAUAAAAUUGUAAGAACAUAGCCUUAGAGUUGUCUGAAAACAGUAUAAAAAUCGGUCGAAAGAGCAUAAAAAUAGUACAAAAAACAGGAUGGAAAUACCAUUUAAAUUCAUGAAAUAAAAUGAAUACAAAACCGUCGAAAAUUACCCUGAAAAAGCAAAGAUUUACCUCGGCGAAAUUUCUCCACACAGUCCUAGGCUAGGACUUCAAGAGAAUUAUCUCUUAGCCGAUUACUUUACGUUGAUUUCCCUAAGAAUUCUCGGGAAAUUCUUAUGGAAUUUUUCAGAAAUGCUCAAAUCAAUCUUUAGCCUGUGUACAGACCCCUUCCCUCAAUAAAACUCGGAGGGAGGGGUGGGGGGUAUGUACACAGGCUAUCAACCUUGGCUUCAAAAGGGUAUAACGUUACUGACGUUACCGGUAAAUAUUAAUCUACAUGCAUGUAACUUACAUUGUUUAUUAUAUUCACGGCUUUACUCAAAUAUCAUCAGAAGUUUAAUGCAGGCUACGCCUGAACAUUAAUUAGUGGCUGAUAAAGAACAGCAUACGAAUAAAUUUACGCGAGAAUGAAAGAGGCCGGUGACGUGACAUCAAGUGACUGAGAUCAUUUAUACAAAACAGCGAGUCUCUGCAAGGAAUCCUGUAAAAAGUAAAAUUGCCGUACGGGCGCGACUAUAUAAAUGUUUACUACCCUUCAUUUGUUUCUCAUAUGGCGUAUAUCUAAACGUCUUAGUAACAUUGUAUAUUUAAUACUUACAAUUAGACUGUUGGACUCUUCUCCUGAACCAGAACCUUUCAAAGUACAUAACAGUCGCUGAGGAGUCAUAACCAUUUUUGAUUCGUGAUAAAAGCAACAUCUACGUGUUCCGACAAUCCGCAGAGUUGGAGUGUACUUUUGUAAGAUCGUAACAAACAGUAAAAUCAAGCGCAUUUAAGCUCACAGCAACCGCCCGGGAGCAACCGCCGGUUCAAUAAUUUGAAAUGAGCAAAGGACAAAGGACGGUUUGCUUAUCACGUGCAUUUGUCACAUCACCGCGGCGCGAAGUCGUGAUUUCAGUCGCGCGUGACAUCUCAAAAAUAAUAUGCCAUGCAUGUGCGGAAUAGUCUAUGAGAGAAAGAUAACCAUAUGUCGGAGUUUAUUCAGAUCUGAGCGUUGUUUCUUAGUGCAAUAUAUACGAGGUGAGAUCUUAGCUUGGAUAGUUUGUUUUAAUUAUUAUGAAAUUUCAAGGACUUAUUUUAGACAAAUCUCAAUUGACCGCGUGCAUCCGGUUCUCGGCCCGCGGCUUCGGCUGUUUGCGAAAAAUUUCUACAUGAAAAUUAAAAUGUGAUGUUAAGAAUUUUCUUUUAAAAAAACUUAUGGAAUGUCCCGUAGCUGCAUUAAUUGAAUUACGGCUAAAAUCUAGGCGGAGAUUUUCGCAGAGAGCUUGCAGGUAAGGAACAUUGAGGAACGGAUUGAUCCUUUAUCGGCACACUGUCACAGUUACGUGUUGUCAGUCAAAGCUAAAAUCUAUUCCUAAUUUUCUUCUCUUUUUUCAAUUUCUUUUUGAUUUGCUGGGAGAUUUAAUUUUUGGCUCCGCCUCGAGCUUUAUUGAGAGAAGAAUCCGGUCCACAAUAUGACAGCUUGUUUUGAGUCAUUUAUGAGUUCGUGACACGAUGAAGGCUUAAAAAUUAACUUUGUGCAAUUGUUACUUUUAUAGUCUGAGUAUAAGUAUCCCAAAAUACAUUACAAUAUUGCACCUCAAUAAUAAUAAGUAAUAAGUACCCUAUUUUAAAGUAUUUAAAAUAAGGUCAGCAUUUGAUGUCUUUCAGCAGACUUUAAAUAUUUCAUGUACAAUCUGUUUUUAUAGUCAGAGUGUUGUGUGCCCAAAAUACAAUUCAAAUAGACCUCAAAACAGUGUUUAAGUACCCUAUUUAAGAGUAUUUGAAAUGCGGUCAGUAGUUAAGGACUUAAAACAUAUUUCAAAUAGUCUAUUUGAACUCUGUUUGUAACUUUGUGAGUGGAUGCGUCUCAAAAUACAUUUUCGAUACAACUCAAAACAGUGUUAAAGUACCCUAUUUAAAAGUAUUUAAGAUACGGUCAGCAUUUAGGCUCUCAAAACAUAUUUUAAAUAGUCUAUUUGAAUUAUGUUUGUAACUUUGUGAGUGGAUGCGCCUCAAAAUACAUUGUAGAUGCAACUCAAAACAGUGUUAAAGCACCCUAUUUAAAAGUAUUUAAAAAACAGUCGCAUUUAAGCCCUUAAAACAUAUUUCAAAUAGUCUAUUUGAACUCUGUUUGUAACAGUGUUAGUGGUUCUAUGCCCAAAAUACAUUUGAAAUACCCUAUUUUAUUCAUAUUUAUUAAACAAAAUACAUUGUAAAUUGAUGAGAGAGGUUUUCCUUUUGAUGAAAUAUAAUUUAACUACACUUAAGAUAUAUUCCAAACAGGGGCGAAAAUUUAAAUUUUUUUGUCAAAUAGGAUUAAAAUACGGGAAAAUAGUAUUCAAAUACUGAAAAUACAUUUUAAACACUUUAAAAUCAGUUUCAAAAUACAUAUGGUUUGGUAAGGGAUAAGAGUCCUUAGACUGAAGCGCGAGGUCCCAUAGUUCCUUCCUUAUUUAUUAUUUGAAGCUUAACAGUUUAUGAGACUGUACGGCUUUCUUAAAGUCAUAUUCGUCCACAAAACGUGGUGUACAUGCGUCGUUUCCCUAUUGCUUCAGUUUUCUUUACCUAAUCAGCGUAACCUCAUUUUACAUCGCCGAUGAAGUUCCAAAGCGAUUAGAACAAAAUAUUCUAUUUGUUUGAAAUUGCCUUGCUCUUAAUUUUGGAAUUUUUUUCUGAAAUCAGCUAAAUCUAAUAAUUAAAUGCCUUCGCUAGAACAAAUUAAAAACCUUCUUAGCAAUGCUUCAUAAUGAACGAUUAUAUUCUCAGAGCGCUAAAAACACCAUUGAUACAUGUCAUGAGCCUGGCUUUUUCCCAGACAGUUUGCGGAACAAGUCAUGCAUAUCAUUGAUCGAUUAAUCAAUACCAGCAGUAUCCGUUUCUAUAGCAAAACUUUCAAUCGUUUUAGCUUUACAAUGUACGAAAAUUACGCUAAAGCGAUAAAAAAGGAAACAGUUUGGAAACUGCCACAUUUUCCUUAAACAUGAAUGUAUUCAAGGUGAAAGUCAGUCAGGUGUACCGUAUUUAAGAAUAUGACAAAUUUCGUUAAAGGGGCUAUGUCAGCUAGAGAGCAUGCGCUCUGAGGUUAUGCAAAUUACUUUCAACUGUCAAACUUCUAUUGUUCUUAACGCGUGACUUUCUCCAUGUGCGCUCUGAGGUUAUGCAAAUUACUUUCAACUGUCAAAAUUCUAUUGCUUUUAACGCGUGACUUUCUCCAUGUUCUCUGUCACGUCCAAGGCUCCGAAUUUAGAGAGGUUAACAAGCGAAAUGGGUUUAGAUAAGGGAUAUUUCGAUAGAAUUUACGGAACGUUUCUUCUCUGGUUAUGCUAGAUCAAGAAUAAAAUUGUGACGCCAAUUUUACUUGUAGUUUUGAAGAAAAAACGCAUGCCAUUCAUAAAAUAGAGCGCAAACAAAAAUUCAACAAGAACAUAUUGUCUUAUUCAACAAAAUAAAUCGAAGUUGUAUUGUACAAACGAGCCACAAAAGACGCUAUACCGAAGAUAAGACCACGACUGUUUUAAAUCAUUAACAAUUAGACUUGUCUGUUGCUAGUGAUUUUAUAAUUUAGAUGCUGAUAGAACAAGAGACAUCAAGUCUUUGUUUUGAUCUUAGGGAAACAUACAUUAUCGCGCAAAAUUGUUCGAUCCUGCCGAAUCACUGCGGCGUGGCGAAAAACUGAACCAAGCAUCAUUGGUAUACUAUACUCCACUAUAAGCAGUCCGUUGAUAAAAAGGGAAAGUAAACUCUGCUAUUUUCCAAAAAUAUGCUCGAACACAAACAGUUCAAAAACAUGGCAUUUAUACAUGAUCUAACUCGUACUAAGCUGCCUCUCUAAGUCCGUUGAGAACAAUCUGGACGAGCAAACGGUACAAUACAAUACAACACAAUAACUUUAUUUAAAGAGGGAAGCACAAUAACCUGUUACAGUUUUCUAACCUACGGCCCUCAAAAAAAUAGAUAAAUAGAUAAAUAAAUUUAGAAGACUAAAAACAAAUAAAUUUAUAAAUAUAUAUAUAUAUAUAUAUAUAUAUAUAUAUAUAUAUAUAUAUAUAUAUAUAUAUAUAUAUAUAUAUAUAUAUAUAUAUAUAUAUAUAUAUAUAUAUAUAUAUAUAUAUAUAUAUAUAUAUAUAUAUAUAUAUAUAUAUAUAUAUAUAUAUAUAUAUAUAUAUAUAUAUAUACACAAAAGAGACAAUAUUUAAAGUAGAAUAGGCUAUAAACACGUAAUGAAUAAUAUAUAAAUCGACGAAGGGGGGGCAAAAUAUGUACUAUAAAUGAACAUGUAUACAUAUAUACAUAAACAUAAAUUAAAAGACGUAAUAGUGGUUGUAGUAGGACUAUGAAAAACAGUGACAAUGAAUAGAAUAGGGGCAAGUCGAGCACAGUAGAUCCUCCAAGUGCUCGGCCGAUGAUAGGCGUGAGAAAAACAGAUUUCGUAAUUCAGACUUAAGAGAGGAGGGAAGAAAUUUAAAUAUCAGUGGAGAAGAAGAAAUAGAAAACUCUUUUAAGUCGGAACUGAGGUCAUUAAAAAGUUUAGUAGCAGUAUAGGCCAAGGUGCGUUUCCCAGAGUUGCUAUGUGGGCAUGGCACCUUUAAGUCGUAGAGAGAGGCUCUUGUAAAACGGCCCAGAGGUCCACGCGAAUCACAAAGAAAUUGAAAUCUGUUCCUGAGACAUUUAGGAGCAUUCGGAUUAAGGACUACGAUGAAAAGAAGAAAAAGUUUCCUGUAUUUAAUAAGAUCAAAAACGGGAAUCCAGUUAAGUUUUAAAAACAAAGAAAUAGAAGCCUGAGAGAGGUCGGCAUCAAGGAGUAUACGCCCAGCACGCUUCUGAAGACGAAGCAGUCGUAAGAGGAGAUGGUGGGAACAGUUACCCCAGGCAGUAGAACAAUAAAUAAAGUAGUUGUUAACACAAGAAUUAUAGAAUCUUGAAGCAGAAUCAAAGUUAAGAAAAGGUUUGAUGCGACGGAGAAGAGAAAGCCUACUGCUAACGAUGCAGCAGAUUGUAUCGAUAUGAUGCUCCCAAGACAUGUCACUGUCUAUCAUAACGCCCAGCAUCUUGGCAUAGAACGGUCGUGUUUAUCUUUGCCGUGAAUCCAGAUAAAUACAAGAAGGAAUCUAGCCGAAUUUUAUAAUGUUUCCUUCGCCAGGAGUUUAGUUUCGUCACGAAACUCAUGGCCUGAUGCUCUUGUAAUCGUUUACAAAAAACGGCCGCCCCCAACUCGAUAGCCGCUUCAUUAUAUGUCCACAUACUUUGAGCACAAGAAAAAUCCAAGGGCCAGCAGCCUCUAAAAUAACUCAAUAGAAAGGUUCUGUGAACUAUAGGGAAGAUUCCAUCAAAGAUUCCAUCACUCAUUGUGGAGUAGCCGUCAUUAACUCUGCCAUUACAACGGCCGCUGAUAAGAGGACACAGUAAAUCCACGUAAAAACAUUCCACAGGCAAAUAAUUUCAAAAUAAGGCCAAAAAAUUAUUCUGUAAUCACCAUAGGACGAUUCCUAAUACAAAACUUCGCUAACUAUCGAACGAUUGCUGAGAUUUAGACAGAUAAAAAUAGCGUUCCAAAAUCUCCGACACUACUUGAAAAAGUCGGGCUUUUCAAGUUUGUUUUCAUUGGCUUGCGCAUGCGUGUGGGGUGACAUAGCCCCUUAGAGAUACGGAUGCAGGUAUAAAUAACAGGCAUUGGUGAACAACGUAAAUGGCCCUAUGUAUCACAAGUUUUCUGCUUAGGGCGCUUUCCAUUUAUCAGAACUGGCCGGCCGGACCAUUACCGGACCAGUUAUUUUGACAAUGAAAUCAGCUUUUUCCAGAGGUUUUUGCUGAUGAACCAUCUCCUUCCUGCACACUAUUAAGGAUUUGACUGAUAUAGCAGGAUAGUUUUGAUUAAUAGUGAAAUUCUCAUUAUUACAGGAAAGGUCUGGCCGGUCAGUUCUGACAAAUGGAAAGCGCCUUUAGUAUGGUCAUUUUGAGAUUCGCUUUACGUUCCCUUGAGGGAGCAUCAUUUGUAAAAUCGGACCACAGGGGGCACGCAAUCUGUGUCUAUAACGGAUGUUGUUAAAAACUGAAUCAUUUGAUAAUGCAAUUCUAGCAUUUUGAUUGGCUUAGUCAUUAUGGUAUAUGAGCUAUUACACCAUGCUCUCCAUAUAUGGUCGGUGUACGCGUCAGUUUAAAAUUGGAAGUUAGCUGAGAUUUUUUUUCGCGAAGGAUAGAAUGGCGCCCGAAGCAAAUUCAUUUCUUAGAAUACUAGAAAAUACAAUUUCAUCGGAAAAAAAACAACAAACAAAAACAAACAAAAACAAAAAAGCCACAAGAGCUUGUUUGAAAGUUUGUCGAAAAACAAAUGAAAAUACAUGGAACUAAUAAAAGUACCUUGACCAGCUACGAAAGAAGACAAGCGUUGUUUCUUCAUGAUCGCGAAGCCAUUCGCCGAGUCACUCGCCGAUAGAUAACUGCGGCUUGUUUAUCCGAAAUCACAAGCAACCAGCAACAAAUACAGGCUAUACAGCCAUUUACUACGGCAAUCGAGGCGUCAGUUUUGCUUCUUUUCUCGCAAAACCAGCUUGUGGCUUCAAACAACUUCAUAACAAGCGACGGUUUUUCUCCGCUGUUCUUACUUUUGUAACUGCACCGAAAAUCCAAAUUCACAGUAAUUUCGACGGCUGUCACUUCAAAAUUCUUUUUCUUCACAUUAUCUGACAGGUUUUUUUUAGCUGUCCUGCUGCGUAAAAUCCUAGAUUUUUCAUUCAUCCAGUCCAGGCGAAUCCGUUCGCGCGUUGACAGUUUUGAUAGACGUACGUGUUACAUGUGAAGAGCGGAAGUCCCUUGUCUUUUCCGGUUUGUUCUAACAAAAUUAAGUCGGGGAGAUUCAACGAGAUAACGCCCACAAAAUCUCGUUGAAUUAAACAAUUAUUCCACUCGCGCUUGUUGGAUAUGAGAUGAUUAUAGCCAAUUCGGCGCUACGCUCCUCGUUGGCUAUUUAUCAUCUCAUAUCCAACGCGCCCUUACCUGUGGUAUAUCGUCGUCCUUUUGCCUCAAAAGCGGUUUUUAAGCGAUUUUCAAGGAUUUUGAGUUCACCGUUUACUGUUCCUAAUAGUAGAAGGACAAGGGCGGAAUCCAUAUUUUGAACGGCUCCAGAGCCGGAGCGAUUUUUUCCCCCAGGAAAUCAAAUCGUUCUGCUCACAGUUUUUGAACCGUCAAAAUGCAUAGCAAGAUUUAUACUUGCCAGUCAGAAACCAUCCCGCUGAUUGCCUCUAUCUGCCGUCCCGCUGAUUGCCUUUAUCUGAUCCGAUGUCGUUAACCAAAGUUAAUGGUUAAAUAAUAACUGAUUCAAAGACAUCCUAUCAAAAAGUUAAGGUAAUUCAACGUUUAGUUAAUAUUUAUUCAUAUACAUACUUAGGAAUAUAUCGCUAUGGGUGAGGCAAAAUCCAGUAAAUUUACAUUUACGGUUAUACACACAGAUUGUGUAGGCGCCCUGUGAUCAGACAGGGCGGAAUUUUGAACAUACUCAUGACAUGAAUUUGAUUGUCGCAAUUGAGAGUUAGCAAACCAUCGCUAAUAAGUAACGAAGCUAGGUGAACGCAUUAUUUAGAAGCGGCGGUACUGUAAAUUUUCCUAAUUUAAUGAACUCCAGUGUAUAAAAUUAGUACAACGCAAGAAAAAAAAAAUACGUUGAGACCUAUAAGAACGGUAGUGAAAAUAGCCACUUCUUCUUCUUUUUUUUUUUACAUUGUAGUAUUGAUUCUUCUCAAAGCGUGGAGUAGACUUUCGCUGGUAGAGGCUGCAACCCGUUUGUCGCUUUCCUCCCUCCUGGGCUAAUCCAUAGAAUGCUAUCUCUGACUGGCGAACAAAUUGUGUUCAUGCAAAUUACACGUACCGUUGCAAAUCAAAAAUUCGGCGUGAACACUUUGAUUUGAUUUUGACAGGUCAUACAGUGUAUGUGUAUUCACCGAUCGGAUGCACUUGAACUCGUUUAGAUGAAAACAGUUUGUCUCUAUAAUUUACAAAACCACGCUGCAAAAACAUUUUCGAUGAUAGCACUAGUUAUUUUAGUUUGUCCAACAAAAGAGAUGUCGUGCGUACUAGUGAUGGUAACUUCACUUUACGAAAGCAACGGUUGUGACCCUCUUUCCCUUUAUUCAUACUGCUGUCUGUUAACUUCUACAAUAUCUCGUAUUUCUAGUAAAAUACAGUACAGUUUCUACUUAAAUACGACGGAUAAUAGCCGAUUAAAAUUUGGUACAUUCAGUGAAGAAUCGCCCACCAGAAGUUAUGCCAGCCAUCCUAAUUCCUGAAGGACCGGUGGUCUUUACCUUCUAAGUAUCGGUUAGAGUGACUUUACUGAAACCGUGAAACAGAUACUAACAAAUAUUGCAAUAGCGAGAGGUAAACAAAAGAAAACAAUAGAAUUAGUGCAUAAUAGUGCAUCUAAUACCUAUUUCGCGGUUCAAGUAAAUCACUCUAUACCCUGCGAGCAGAGGCUACAUUUUCGCGGUAUGAGCUGGCGUGCGAAAAGUAGCUACUUUUCGCACGCCAGCUCAUAGCACGAAAAUGUAGCCUCUGCUCGCGGGGUAAUCACUCUAAUAAACGGGCGACAAAGUUUGCACGAGUUGUAACUUCUGUCUAAGGUGAAAUAUAAGCAUAGAUUUCACGCUUUCGAAAUUUCUAGAGUUAUGUAACAAUCCUAUUCAAUUCAUUAAUAACUACAAUUAAAAUAUCGAAACUGUGUAUUUUGUUUUGUGCCUGAGGCGAAAUAAAAGCAGCGUUAUUCCAUGAAUCAAAAAUCCUAGAUUCCUUUUCUCCAUUUGAUUAAAAAAGAAAGAAAUUCAAUGGAAAUACAAUUUUCGCUCGAAACCGUAACUUCUAGUUCGUAAUUUCCAUUUGAAAUUUUUCAUAGUUGCAAUAUUCCAAUAAUUUAAUUAUAGGUCAAACUUAACUAAUUUGCCAGUAAUUCAAACGUUGUAGCCAUAACAACAACGCCAACAAUCCUGGACAAAUAAAUCUGUGCAGGGCUAAUUCCAUCGGCCACACUUUACCUCAUUACAUGUAAUAUAUCCUGAGACAAAUCACGCAUUCAUCACAAAAAACGCAACUCCUUCAAGUCAAAGAGCGAAUAAAAAACGGAAGAAACAAAUCCAGUCGUCUCGCUGAAAUAAUGAUAAUAAUAAUAAUAAUAAUAAUAAUAAUAAUAAUAUCAAUAAUAAUAAUAAUAAUGGACUUUAUUGGAAGACACAAUUACUGAAAAUUCCAGUAGUUUUCACCGUGUCAAGAGCCGGGCUACGGUAACUAUCAUGUUUCAAUCAGGGGGCCACCCAACGCGUGUUUUCUGUAAAAUAUCUGUUCGGAGAAGCAAAUAUUGCCUAGAAUUUUCUAUUUCUUGAGGACGGCUAAAAGUUUCUAGAUGAACGUUCCAUGCAUUCAUGUACAAUUUUCGAAGCUAUAUGUAAUAAAUUUCCUACAAAUAAAAGUAAAAGUACUCUGGAAAGCCUAAAAUUUGUUUUCAAUGUAUUUAGGAGGACACCGUCGUUGGUUGCCCCUGUUUAAGUCUUUAUCAGUCGUAUGUCAGCAUGAAACCGAUAAAGAGUAAUAACAAAUAAGUAAAUAAAUGAGUCAGUUAUAGCAGCGCCGUUUCUUGUUCAUAAAUCCAUGUAUCAUAAGAGGGCCGUCUGCCUGUGGUUUUAUCACGUAGUUGAACGCAUGGGGCUUCGGGAGUGACCUGCUCGUGCUCCAUGUUCGUCACUUACAGAUAACACUACACAGUUGUGCAUAGUUUAUUUUGACUAUUUAGCUUUAACAAAUGCACUUUUUCACUGACUUUAAAAAGUGAUAAGUUUACUUAAUUAAGCCAGGUUGGAUAACGCCGAGCCUUGAUGGUUAUUUUUUACCGCGUAAACUCUCCUUCUCAAAGCACUGCUAAUCAAAUUGACUUCGCACAGGAUAUGUACUCCAUUGGCCAGUCCCCACCUCCUCUUGACUCCAGCCAAGAUUACCACUUAGUAAUGGCAACCGAAGAAGAAGGUCACACCUUCUUACACUUUCAACGAGCUGCUAACACCGGCGAUGCAAAAGACAUCCAGUUCACGGUAAUAUUAUUUUAG